AUGGACACUGAUCUCAGUUCCCAGGACAGGAAGGACCUGGACAAGUUCAUCAAAUUUUUUGCUUUAAAGACGGUACAAGUAAUUGUCCAGGCCCGACUUGGAGAGAAAAUCUGUACCCGAUCAUCGUCCUCCCCAACAGGCUCUGACUGGUUCAAUUUGGCAAUCAAAGAUAUACCAGAGGUUACUCAUGAAGCAAAGAAAGCCCUGGCAGGACAGCUACCUGCUGUUGGACGGUCUAUGUGUGUGGAGAUUUCCCUCAAAACGUCAGAGGGGGAUUCCAUGGAGCUGGAAAUUUGGUGUCUAGAAAUGAAUGAAAAGUGUGACAAAGAAAUCAAGGUUUCGUACACUGUAUACAACAGACUGUCUCUACUGCUGAAGUCUUUGCUUGCUAUAACGAGAGUAACUCCAGCCUACAGACUCUCAAGGAAACAAGGCCAUGAAUAUGUAAUAUUAUACAGGAUAUAUUUUGGUGAAGUGCAACUGAGCGGCUUGGGAGAAGGUUUCCAGACAGUCCGUGUCGGGACAGUGGGUACCCCAGUGGGCACCAUCACUUUGUCUUGCGCCUACAGAAUCAAUCUCGCUUUCAUGUCAACCAGACAGUUUGAGAGGACCCCUCCUAUCAUGGGGAUUAUCAUUGAUCACUUUGUGGACCGUCCCUAUCCCAGCUCUUCACCCAUGCAUCCCUGCAAUUACAGAGCUGGUGAGGACAAUGGUGCAGUAUACCCUUCAGUAGAGGAUUCCCAAGAAGUGUGUACCACGUCUUUUUCCACCUCUCCUCCAUCUCAGUGUGUUUUUACUGUCACAAAGGCACAUUUUCAGCCCCCUCCUCCUGUGGUGACGGACACCUUGAGGGUCCCAGUGAUGGGACUGGCCUUUUCACAUCAACUUUCCAGCUCUCGUCUUUCCUAUCAGCCUGCUGCCCUGGGAGUUGGAUCAGCUGACAUGGGGUAUCCUGUACUCUUUGCUGGUGGCUUGAAUGCUGCACACCCUCACCAGUUGAUUGGUCCAGGCAAAGAGGGGGGAGUUCCCCCGAUUCCUAGCCAGCCAGCACAUGGCACUCAAGCUGACCAAGAGAGGAUGUGCACCCCACUGGAUGGAGUCCACUACUCAGCAGCUACUCCUUCUAGUAGUGAGGACACAGAAACAGUAUCAAACAGCAGCGAAGGGAAGUGUGGCUCCCCUCAUGACCUUUUGGAGACCAUCUUUAUCCGGAAGGUGGGAGCUUUUGUCAACAAACCCAUUAAUCAGGUGACCAUGGCCAACUUAGACAUUCCUUUUGCCAUGUUUGCUCCGAAGAAUGUUGAGCUGGAAGAUAACGACCCCAUGGUCAAUCCUCCUGACUCCCCAGAAACUGAGUCUCCUCUACAAGGCAGCUUACACUCGGAGGGCUCCAGUGGCAGCAGCACAGGGAACACCCAUGAUGACUUUGUUAUGAUUGACUUUAAACCAGCAUUUUCAAAAGAUGACAUUCUUCCAAUGGACCUGGGAACGUUUUACCGUGAGUUUCAGAACCCCCCUCAGCUCAGCAGCCUCUCCAUUGACAUUGGAGCACAGUCCAUGGCAGAGGAUUUGGACUCGUUACCAGAGAAGCUGGCAGUUCACGAGAAGAACGUCAAAGAGUUUGAUGCCUUUGUUGAAACCUUGCAGUGAAGCUGUUUUCCAGUUUUGCUGCAGCAGUUCUUCCUCCUCAAGGCAUCCUGGAGAAUGACGUCAACGAACAUCUCUUAUCGCCCCUGCUCUGCCUUUUGUCUCACUUUGACUAGUUCCUUCCCUCAAGUGAGCUUUCUUUGACUGCUCUCUUCAACAGCAGAUACAGCUCAUCUGCUGAUUUUCCUCAGCUAUACCACCGUGUAGUUCUGGAAUGCUUUUCCUGCUCACAGUCAGUUUUGAACUUAAGACUUCAGUAGGGACACAGGAAGUCAAACUCCAAUGUAUUAAACUUACUUUCUCUUCAGUCUCUGUUCUGUGUGGAGGGACUUUGUGAAAAGUUGCUAUAUGCUUCCUCCAGAGGUCCUGUGGUGUAAGUUCCCUAGGUAUAGCUUCUUGCUAACAGACUUUUUCCUACAGUGUCCAAUCCUGUUAGAGCAUAGAAAGCUUUGGCUCAU